UUGUUUUGCGACAGUUUCCGGUUUACGACACAACGCAAAAACUUAUGAUAUCAAAACAUGAGGCAUGCUGUGACAUUGCUGAGAACACUAUGACAUUGCCUUACGACCUGAAACUGUUUUAAAUACAGGAAUUUACUUCAAACGGACUAUGGCGAGUUCUAUGGUGGCUGUGGGUCUAACGCUGGCUGCUGCUGGAUUUGCUGGUCGCUAUGCCAUGCAAGCCAUGAAACACAUGGAACCACAAGUGAAACAAGCCAUGAAGAGUUUUCCACAGGCCUUUGGCAGUGGGUUCUACAAGGGUGGCUUUGAGCCAAAAAUGACUAAGAGGGAGGCUACCCUGGUACUAGGAGUCAGCCCAACAGCAAACAAGACCAAGAUUAGAGAAGCGCACAGAAAGCUGAUGAUUUUAAAUCACCCUGACAGAGGUGGAUCACCGUACAUGGCUGCAAAGAUUAAUGAAGCAAAAGAUUUACUUGAUGGAAAAGCAAAAUAAUAAAUGUGUGUAACUGGGGGGAAAACUGUUGUGAUUAUAUGAUGAUCAUGUGUUGAGUGUUCACAUUAUGGUAAAUAAAUAAACAAAUGAUUUUUUUUCUAUAGACUCUU